GAGUUCUAGAGCGAAGAAGUCUAUGGCAAAAACGUCGAAGAAUCUCACGAUCCCGCCAGCAAGCGAAUCCGAGGAAGACGAGCUUGACGAGUCUGAGGAUGACGACGACGGAGACGACGAAGAAACCCCGGCGCCGAGUCGCACUCACCAACAAGUCCCGCAAAAAGUUAGCGUGAUGAAGCUGCCUUCUCAUGACGCUGAGUCUGUAGCGAAUUCUGACGAAGACGAGGACGCAGACGAGGUGGACGACUUGCUGUGAUCCCGCGAUCUCAGACUAGACACACUCCAUUGGCCGUAACCUAUCUCUCUGUCUUUUCCCUAUCUUAUUGUAUAGUUUUGUAGUUAUCCUUGCUUGAUAUACCGUAUCAUUUUUGGUUGGCCUUCUGGAGGCUUGAACCAGCCAGUCACCUUAAACUUAUC